AUGGCUGAUCAAUCCGUGGAUGAGAAGAAUUUGGAGCUUGCUGCGUUGCGCAAGAAACGUACGUUCCGUAAGUUUAGCUACCGUGGUGUGGACUUGGACAAGCUUCUAGAUCUCAACCAUGAAGAGCUUAUGGAAUUGGUGAAUGCCCGUGCUCGUCGUCGCUUUUCGCGUGGACUGAAGCGUAAGCCAAUGGCUUUAAUUAAGCGUCUACGUAAGGCAAAAGCUGCUGCGAGACCAAUGGAACGCCCUGAAGGUAUCAAGACCCAUCUGCGUAACAUGAUCAUUGUUCCUGAGAUGAUCGGUUCAGUGGUUGGUGUUUACAAUGGCAAGGAGUUUAACGGCAUUGAAAUUAAGCCUGAAAUGAUUGGCCAUUACCUUGGUGAGUUUGCCAUUUCCUACAAGCCGGUGACCCACGGUCGUCCUGGUAUCGGCGCGACGAACUCGUCACGUUUCAUUCCGCUCAAGUAG